AUGCUUCAUUCAGCUGUUCGGGUAUUACACCCGUUCCUUAUGUUAAUCUCACGGGUUCAUUUCUUCGUUGUUCAUCUCAUAUUCGAAUUCAUUCACCUAUUCACAUCACGAAUUUACGUUACUAAACCAACGGAUAGCUUGUUGAUGAUCAGUGCCACCCAAGCUGUACAGAAAAUUAUUAACCGUGAGAUUUCCUCACAAGAACUUGUUGAAGCCUACAUUCAUAGGAUAGAACAGGUAAACCCUAUCAUAAAUGCCGUGGUGGUGAAGAAUUUCGAUGAAGCUCGAGCGAAAGCAAGAGAAGUGGAUGCUCUCCUCGUCGAUGCGACCGAUAAUGAGCUGGAUGAGCUAAUCAACUCGAAACCUCUUCUUGGCGUGCCAUUCACAAUGAAGGACGCGAUGAUGGUGAAUGGCCAUGUUAUUACUUGUGGUAUAUUUAAUCAUAGAGACGACCGCUGUCAACAGACAGCCGAAGUAGUGGAGAGAAUGUGCGCUGCCGGGGGUAUUUUGUUGGCCAUCUCGAAUGUUCCGGAAGUGUGCAUGUGGGUGGAGACAUCCAAUACGAUCUAUGGACGUACUUCAAAUCCAUAUGAUGCUCGCCGAAUGGCUGGUGGAAGCAGUGGAGGCGAGGGAGCCUUGCUUGGUGCCGCUGCCAGUGUGAUUGGAAUCGGAAGCGAUAUUGGAGGUUCCAUUCGUAUGCCUGCGUUUUUCAAUGGAGUUUUCGGCAUGAAAACGACACCAGGUAUUCUUAAUUGA